GGUGCAGUCAGCUGAUGGAUGAAAGACGCUGAGUCAGCUCUAUCUUCUCCGGUCCUACCAGGGGGAAGUGGCCGAGUCCCAGCCUUGGGUUUCAGACCUACUAGUCCGCCUCUGGAAACCUGUUGCAGUACCUUCCUCUCGGCUGCUGCAGCCUAUCAUGGCACAGCUGGCCGCAGUAUCCUUGUUCGGAUCAGAGAGCUGCAGUCACGAGUUGCUCGUGACAGUCAUUUCCACCCUGCACAUGGGAGAGAGGACGGUUGGAUGUCUACAUAUUUAAAUUGCCCACUCCACUUUGUUACUGAGGCACACAAUGCUGUCGCUGGAGCAGGCGAAGCAGAGCUUGGAGAGUGCGGGACAGGCUCACGUCCUGGAGUUUUGGCCGGAGCUGUGCGAGGAGGAUAGGGCCAAUUUACUCCGGGAACUGUCUCAGCUGGAUCUAAAGGGACUGAAGGACCACUGUGACCGAGCUGCAAAGGCUGCAGCCUCCCCGGCUGCCAGCCUGGACCAGUUCAUAGAGCCAGUCCCUCCAGAGAUCAUCGGCAGUGUGAGGAAAAGUGACAAAAACUCUCUUGCAGAGUGGGAAAAUGAAGGGCUAUUGCAAAUAUCAGAAAAUCGAGUUGGAGUCCUGCUCUUGGCCGGCGGUCAGGGAACCCGUCUCGGUGUGCUGUAUCCCAAAGGCAUGUAUAAUGUUGGACUACCAAGUGGCAAAACCUUGUAUCAGAUUCAGGCCGAGCGCAUUCACAAAAUCCAGGAGCUAGCAGAUGUGAAGCAUGGCUCAAAAUGCACUGUUCCAUGGUAUAUAAUGACCAGUGAGUUCACUCUGGCUCCCACUGAGAUGUUCUUCAAGGAGAACAACUACUUUGGUCUGGAGCCAUCUAACAUCAUUAUGUUUGAGCAAAGGAUGAUCCCAGCAGUGACCUUUGAUGGAAAGGUCAUCCUGCAGGAUAAAGGGAAGAUAGCAAUGGCCCCCGAUGGUAAUGGUGGUCUGUACCAGGCCUUGGUGGACAAUAAGGUGCUUGAAGACAUGAAGAAGAGGGGGGUGGAGUACCUGCAUGUGUACGGUGUAGACAACAUCCUGGUCAAGAUGGCCGACCCUGUGUUCAUCGGCUUCUGUGUGAGCAAAGGGGCUGACUGUGGAGACAAGGUGGUGGAGAAGGUGGAUCCUGCUGAGCCAGUAGGUGUGGUUUGCUUUGUGAAAGGUGUUGCCCAGGUGGUUGAAUACAGCGAGGUCCAGCCAGAGACAGCUGAGCUCCAAGGACCUGAAGGAGAGUUGGUCUAUAAUGCUGGAAACAUCUGUAAUCACUUCUUUACCAGGACCUUCCUGCAGGAUGUAGCAGAAAAAUUUGAAGGCCAGUUGAAACAACAUGUUGCAAUCAAGAAGGUGUCCUUUGUGGACACCUGUGGCAAUCAAGUUAAACCCAGCACACCCAAUGGCAUUAAGAUGGAGAAGUUUGUCUUUGACGUUUUUCCAUUCUCAAGGAACUUUGUUGUGUUUGAGGCUGUAAGAGAGGAUGAGUUUUCCCCCCUGAAAAAUGCAGAUGGGGCAGCCACAGACAGCCCGACCACAACCAGGAACUCCCUGCUGGCUCAGCACUGCCGCUGGGCCAUGGCUGCUGGAGCCACGCUGCUGGAUGAACAGGGGAAUGCUCUUUCUCUGCCAACCAGUGUAUCGGCACGGGACAGUCCUCUAGCACAAUGUGAGAUUUCACCACUGGUCUCCUACUUUGGAGAGGGCCUGGAGCAGCUGCUGAAAGGGAGGACACUGCAAACUCCCUUCAUUCUGGAUGAAAAAAGGGCCAAAGAGCUGCAGGCUCAAUAAGACAUCUCUGAUCAACAUAGUCUUACAUGAUUGUCAGCAGACAUUCCAGUACAGCAGAGUACCUCACUGAUGUGUUCGGGUAGUUUCAGCCCAAGAAUGAACAGUUGUUGAAAUCAAUAGCUGAAUUGCAUGUCCAUCAUAAAAAAAA